UCAUUAAUCCUCAUCCAUCAUCUAGUGCUCCUCCAAGCCCCAAGCCCUCCUCCUCUGCAACAACCCUAAAACCAUGCCCUCCAUUAACAGCCUUCUCUCUUCUUUACUCAUUGCCUUCACUUUCUUCACAACUCUCACCUUCUCUGCAACUCUCCUCCCAAAUAAUGAAGUGGAAGCUCUGGAAGAGAUCGCGGAAACUCUGGGGAAGACGGACUGGAACUUCAGUGCGGAUCCGUGCGGCGGUGAGUGGGGUUGGGCGACGAAGAAUCCGGUGAAGGGGUCGGAAAAUGCUGUCACUUGUAGCUGCACCAACAACACUGUUUGCCAUGUUGUUAGCAUAGUCCUCAAGACUCAGAAUCUCCCGGGAUCUCUCCCACCAGAGCUGGUUAAGCUUCCUUACCUCCAAGAAAUUGACUUCACACGCAACUACCUCGACGGUUCAAUCCCUCCAGAAUGGGGUACAAUGCAACUAGUAAACAUUUCUCUGAUCGGAAACCGGUUAACGGGUUCGAUUCCCAAAGAGCUUGGAAACAUCUCUACUCUUGCAAACCUAACCGUAGAGUUCAAUCAGCUUUCAGGGGUUCUUCCUCAGGAGCUUGGGAAUCUGCCCAGUAUAGAGAGAAUACUUCUUACCUCAAACAACUUCACUGGGGAGUUACCACAAACAUUUGCAGGGCUUACCACAUUGAAGGACUUUCGGGUUGGAGAUAAUCAGUUCACAGGAAAGAUACCCAAUUUUAUACAGAACUGGACAAAACUUGAAAAAUUAGUGAUUCAAGGGAGUGGUUUCAGUGGGCCGAUUCCUUCUGGCAUUGCCCUUUUGACAAAAAUAACUGACUUGAGAAUCAGUGACCUGAAUGGAACUGAAGCAACUUUUCCACCAUUGAGUGAUAUGAGAAACUUGAAAACUCUAAUAUUGAGGAGUUGCAAUAUUGUUGGCCCGCUACCUGAUUACCUUGGGGAAAUGACAAAAUUGAAAACCCUAGAUCUGAGUUUUAACAAACUAACUGGAGAAAUUCCAAGCAGCUUUGUCGGUCUAUCAAAUGCAGAUUACAUGUAUUUUACCGGAAACAUGCUAACUGGAGCCGUGCCUGAUUGGAUGCUGAAAAGAGGAGACAACUAUGAUCUUUCAUACAAUAACUUUACUAGUGAAAGCUCAAGAGGAUGUCAAGAACGGAGUGUAAAUUUAUUUGGAAGCUCAUCAGGAGGAAAUAACUUUGGAAUUGUCUCGUGCUUGAGAAGCUUUAAUUGCCCAAAAAAGUUUUACUCCAUGCACAUAAAUUGUGGUGGAAAAGAAGUAAUCGUUGAUGGAAAUACCACAUAUGAAGAUGACACAGAUUCUGGUGGACCAUCAAAGUUCUAUCAGAGUAGAACAAACUGGGCAUUCAGCAGCACAGGUCACUUCAUGGACGAUGACCGUCCUACAGACUCCUUUAUUGGGACAAAUGUGUCUAGACUCACCAUGGAAAAUUCUGGACUGUAUACAACCGCACGUCUCUCCGCCCUGUCUCUCACUUAUUAUGGAUUCUGUCUGGAAAAUGGAAACUACACAGUAAAGCUUCACUUUGCAGAGAUCACCUUUACUGAUGACAAAACAUAUAGCAGCCUUGGAAGGCGUUUGUUUGAUGUUUAUGUUCAGGAUGAGCUGGUUCUCAAGGAUUUCGAUAUUGAGGAUGAUGCAGGGGGUGUUAGCAAGGAAAUCAUAAAAUAUUUUACUGCUGUUGUGACUAAUAAUACCUUGGAAAUUCGCUUCUAUUGGGCUGGGAAAGGGACUACAGGUAUCCCAGUUAGAGGAGUUUAUGGUCCUCUUAUAUCAGCUAUUUCUGUGGACCCUGAUUUUAUACCUCCUACCAAAAAUGGAAGCAGUAGUAAAUCUGUUGGCAUUGUGGUUGGCCAUGUGGCUGGAGUCAUUCUUCUUGUCUUCCUGGUUAUAGGUAUCCUUUGGUGGAGAGGCUGCCUAAGGCGCAAAGAUACGUUGGAACAAGAGUUAAAGGGUCUAGAUCUGCAGACUGGUUUGUUUACCUUAAGGCAAAUUAAGGCUGCCACAAACAACUUUGAUGCUGCCAACAAAAUUGGAGAAGGUGGAUUUGGUUCUGUUUACAAGGGCGUCUUAUCCGAUGGCACCAUAAUUGCAGUGAAGCAGCUUUCUUCCAAAUCAAAGCAAGGAAACCGUGAGUUUGUGAAUGAGCUAGGCAUGAUUUCUGCUCUUCAACAUCCUCAUCUUGUGAAGCUCUAUGGCUGUUGUAUAGAAGGAAAUCAGUUGUUGCUGAUAUACGAGUACAUGGAAAAUAACAGCCUCGCUCGUGCUUUGUUUGGCCCUGAAGAAUGUCAAUUACAGUUGGAUUGGCCAACUAGACACAGGAUCUGUGUUGGCAUAGCAAGAGGGUUGGCUUAUCUUCAUGAAGAAUCAAGGCUGAAGAUCGUCCACCGAGACAUCAAGGCCACAAAUGUGCUUCUUGAUAAGGAUCUUAACCCCAAAAUAUCUGACUUUGGUUUGGCCAAACUUGAUGAAGAGGAUAACACCCACAUUAGCACACGGAUUGCUGGUACAUUUGGAUAUAUGGCACCUGAAUAUGCAAUGCGGGGCUAUUUAACUGACAAAGCAGAUGUUUACAGUUUUGGAAUUGUUGCCUUGGAAAUUGUCAGUGGAAGAAGCAACACUACUUAUAGGCCAAAAGAAGAAUGCACCUAUCUUCUUGAUUGGGCACUCUCUUUAAAAGAGAAGGGGAACUUAAUGGAUCUAGUCGACCCCAGAUUGGGCUCAGACUUCAACAAGGAAGAGGUCAUGGCAAUGCUCAACAUAGCUCUCUUGUGCACGAACAUCUCUUCAGCAGUCAGGCCAGCUAUGUCAUCAGUUGUGAGCAUGCUUGAAGGCAUAACUGCUGUUCAGGACAUUGUUUCUGAUCCCAGUGCUCCUAGUGAUGACUUAAAGCUCAAGGAGAUGAAGGAGCAUUAUCGCCACAUCCAAGAAAAGAGCAUGGAUGUGAGCGAGAGCAAGGCUCAGAGCAUGCCAGACGGGCCAUGGACUGCUUCUUCAUCCAUCACUGACCUCUACCCAGUCACCUUGGAUUCUGAAUAUUGGGAGAAGAGAGAUUAAAUGUUGGCUUUCAAUUCUUCUUUGUGUUCUUCUUUGACACCAUUUAUGAAGGCUGGUGCAUAGCAUUUCUUUGAAUUUGUAUAAAUAUUUUCAUGUCCUGUAAUCCAUAGGUUUUACAGACAAAAGUUUUCAAUUUGAUAAACAAUGUAUGUUUGGGAAAUAUGUUUAAGUUGUGUAUGAAAGAAAGGCUUGUUCAUCAAACUGUGAAGCUUUUGUGUUCAUUCAUCAAAGAGUGUUGGUCAAAGGGACUUUUGGAUUAAUGGAUAUAUUUCUAAGCUCAGAAAGAAGUUAGAACGAGUGAAUAUUUCAUUUUUA